GCGCGACGACGCGGGCCCGGGCGCGCUGCUGCGCGAGCCCGUGUACAACUGGCAGGCCACCAAGCCCACGGUGCAGGAGCGCUUCGCCUUCCUCUUCAACAACGAGGUGCUGUGCGACGUGCACUUCCUGGUGGGCAAGGGGCUCAGCUCGCAGCGCGUCCCCGCGCACAGGUUUGUGCUGGCCGUGGGCAGCGCUGUCUUUGACGCCAUGUUCAAUGGCGGGAUGGCUACCACAUCCACGGAGAUCGAGCUGCCCGAUGUGGAGCCUUCCGCCUUCCUGGCACUGCUCAAGUUCCUGUACUCGGAUGAAGUGCAGAUCGGGCCUGAGACGGUGAUGACCACGCUCUACACCGCCAAGAAGUACGCGGUGCCCGCCCUGGAGGCGCACUGCGUGGAGUUCCUGAAGAAGCACCUGCGGGCUGACAACGCCUUCAUGCUGCUCACGCAGGCCCGGCUCUUCGACGAGCCGCAGCUGGCCAGCCUGUGCCUGGAGAGCAUAGACAAGAACACGGCGGAUGCCAUCGCGGCCGAGGGCUUCACGGACAUCGACCUGGACACGCUGGUGGCAGUGCUGGAGCGGGACACUCUGGGCAUCCGCGAGGUCCGGCUGUUCAAUGCCGUAGUGCGCUGGUCUGAAGCUGAGUGUCAGCGACAGCAGCUUCAGGUGACGCCUGAGAACAAGCGGAAGGCGCUAGGCAAGGCCCUGGGCCUCAUCCGCUUCCCCCUGAUGACCAUCGAAGAGUUCGCCGCAGGCCCGGCGCAGUCCGGCAUCCUGGUGGACCGCGAGGUGGUGAGCCUCUUCCUGCACUUCACCGUCAACCCCAAGCCGCGCGUGGAGUUCAUCGACCGGCCGCGGUGCUGCCUGCGGGGCAAGGAGUGCAGCAUCAACCGGUUCCAGCAGGUGGAGAGCCGCUGGGGCUACAGCGGCACCAGUGACCGCAUCAGGUUCUCCGUCAACAAGCGCAUCUUUGUGGUGGGCUUUGGGCUCUACGGAUCCAUCCACGGGCCCACGGACUACCAAGUGAACAUCCAGAUCAUCCACACGGACAGCAACACGGUCCUGGGCCAGAACGACACCGGCUUCAGCUGUGACGGCUCGGCCAGCACCUUCCGCGUCAUGUUCAAGGAGCCCGUGGAGGUCCUGCCCAAUGUCAACUACACCGCCUGCGCCACGCUCAAGGGCCCGGACUCUCACUAUGGCACCAAAGGCCUGCGCAAGGUGACCCACGAGUCGCCCACCACGGGGGCUAAGACCUGCUUCACCUUCUGUUACGCGGCGGGGAACAACAACGGAACCUCGGUGGAGGACGGGCAGAUCCCCGAAGUCAUCUUCUACACCUAGGCCUUCGCCACCCAGGCCGCCUCCCGGCCCCUCCCGGUCAUCGCGGAAGGGGCCGCCGUGUGUCCACAGCGACAGUGUGGCCGCCGUCCCACGGCACUGGGGAGGGGUCGGCCGUGGGCUGGGCCGUCAAGACAAUCCCUCGGUGUUGGGGGCGGAUGGGCCUGGCCCCGAUGGACAGAUGUUGGGGCUGAGGGCCGUGGUUUGGGAGUCUGGGUUCCCACUCUGGCCCUGCAGCCCAGGGCCCUGCGGCCGCCGCCGUUCUUAACUGCACACUGCAAUGCAUUCGAGCCCACCCUCGGCUGGAGCCCGGGUCGGGCCUGUCUUCCAGCCAGUGGUUUGGGUUUCAUGUCCUCUGUUCUCCGCUGCUCCCUGGGAUUCCAGGGCCCGACCCGAAGCCCCGGCCUCCUGGGCAUGAGCACGUGCAGGGCCUGGGUCAGUUCUGACCAGCCUUGGCUGGGGCUGGUGGGCUUCGCUGGAAGGUCCGCCCCCGUGUGGGUGACAUGUGGGCCACUGUCCCUGCGAGGCCAUCCCUGGCCAGCUCUGGACCAGCUCCUCCCGCGUGUGGCCAGCAGAGCUCAGGCCUGAGCGCAGGGCAGCAGCAGCAGCAGGCCCCGCCCCAUCAAAAUGCACUGGGCCUCCACCUGGCCUGCUGUGGCACCCAGGGCCCCACAGAACCCCCCUGUGCAGACCACAGCCCUGGCCCCCAAGGCUACCAGGAACCCUGUCCAGUGAUGCCCCAGGAGGCACCGUCCCCUGUCUGGGGUCCCUCCCCUCAUGUCUGCGUACCUGUGACUCCUGCCCGGAACCCGUGUCCUCCCCAAAGCCAUGGGAGGUGAGCCCUCCACACUGUGUCCCCAGUUUUUUUUUUUAAAUAAAGGAAAGAAGCGUCCACCUUGA